CCAUGGAGGAGAGAAAAGCGAACUGGUCAGAGGCCAGUAUCAAUCUUUUGGUUGAUCUGGUGGCUGAUGCAGAGCGAUGGGCCAUAAUUCGUGGAAAAUUUGGCCCAUCGCUCACCAUCCAGACCAAGCAGAGAGCUUGGUUUGAAAUAACAGAAAGAGUCAAUUCUUGCUUUUCCUGCGUCCGCAGUGUGAAAGACGUUAAGAAAAAGUGGCAAGAUAUACAGAGUCACACAAAGAAGAAGGCGGCCAACAGGAAAUCUGAAAUGAAGAAAACUGGUGGGGGGUCACCUCCUCCAGAACUUAAGCCUUGGGAGGAAAAAAUUGUUGCUGUGCUCUCUAAUGAUAUCAUAUCUGGAGUGGAGGGGGGAUAUGAAUCCCUGAGUGUGAUUUCACCCAUGGAUGAUUGCAUCCAAGAAUGUUCUAAAAAAAGAAAAUAUGAUGAGCCUCUCGAGGGAUGUGAUGCACCUUCAAUUGACAUAAACAAGCCACUACAAAGUGUAGGUGAAGAUGUAUCGGAAAUUAUGUCCACAUGUACAAAUGGGGAUAGGCCAAUCAACAAGAAAAAGAAGAAAGACGUAGAAAAUUUCACAGUGUCUGCUGUGAAGGAUAGACUUUUGGAAAUUGAAGAAGAAAAACUAAAAAUAAUGAAGGAACAUCUUGCCAUUGAAAAGAAAAAAGAUGAGCAUCCUUGA